AUGUUUAUGCUCAGGAAUGUCGGGAAGCUCCUCUUCGGCUCCAGCAACCAGGAAUCGAUGAUUGAGUUACCACAAGGUCAACUAUACCUCGUUCGACCGCUUUCGCCCAAAGGCUACUCCGAACUCAUCUUCAAAGACGCAUCCGCCCGAAUCCGACGCACGGCGCAGGAGUUCCAGUAUCAACUCGUCGUACAACGUGUCUUCGAAGAGGGCGAGGCUGAGUUACUUGCCGAAGAGGAGGGCGAAGAUGCCGAGGCCGAUGCGGAUAUUCUUGCAGGGGAACGGGACGAGAAGACAUUUCUGCUUGACGAGGCCCUCCACUUUCGCGUCGAGAACCGGGAAGGCAGCGAACGGGUUCUGGCUUGGCGGGACUUGAGCGGGGAUGCGGGCGACGUCUACGAGUUUGUUUGCGACCCCGCCAUCUUGCCCGCGCAGGUAGAGCAGUUCGAGCAAGUCUCAAAGCAGUGCCAGUACGAGCGCAAGUAUCGGAAAUCGUAUACCACCGCCUCGGAGGAAGACCUCCAACAAUUCGAGUUCGACGAGCAGCCCAUCCCACAGGCUAGCCCUCUCCACAGCCCGACAACUGCGAGGUCGAUCGAAUCCUCCGAUUCCAUGGUGCUCGGCAACCCCUCCGCCAACACGGGUGUCAAGCGCGAGAAGAUCGCUGACCCCGACGUCACACCGACGAAGAAGGGUAAAGCAAAGGACAUGGGGCCUCCCGCCGUCUCGGCGCACCCAGAGGCUCGCGAGAUGCUGGCAGCAGAAGUUGCCGAGCUCCACUUCUUCGACUUCCCUUCAGGUGCCUUCGUUCAACAGGAUGCAUCAGUAACCGCGACGGUAACAGAAACUGGCGAUUGGCAAUACUGGCUCCAGGUCAAGAGCGCGGAUCGGGAUUGGCUUGGCAUCCCAGUGGUCGCCGACAUCAACCCUGUCUUCAACUUCGAGUUCCUGUCCUUCAUCUUUAACCAGUUUUCCGACGAUGGCUCGGCCUACUCCUGGCUUCUCCGGUUCAAGGACCAGGCCACUCUCGAGCGCUUCCAGGAAGGUCUCUUGCAGGCUUUGUGGGAGCAGCUGAACGAAAUGAAGUGGUCCAAGGUCAAGGACAAGGACCGGGAUUAUGUCGCGGACGCCUUCAACGACCUGACAAUGGAGGAUUCGGACCGCCCCGAAGAAGAGGAGGAGGAGCAGUUGGAGCAGGUUGAAGAAGAGGAAGAGGAAAAUGACCGGGCGCGAAGCGAACAUUACGACAGCGACGAAGACGAAGAUGAUGUCGAGUACAAGCCCAAGGACAGCGAUGUCAACAAGCAACUUGCCGUCGGCUACAAGCAUGACCGCUCAUUCGUCGUUCGCGGCUCCAAGAUUGGCGUGUUUAAACACACGCCCAACAAUCACCUCGAGUUCAGCACCAACAUCUCGAAGGUCGAGACGCCCAAGGGCGAGCUGUUCUCCCCGAAGAAGGUCAUGCUGCACAAUGAGGACCGAAACCUUAUCCUACAAAAGGACUCGGAUCCCAACAAGCUGUACCGCAUGGAUCUCGAGUACGGCAAGGUCGUGGACGAGUGGACAGUACACGAAGACAUCCCUGUCGUGACAUUUGCGCCCGAGAACAAAUUCGCCCAAAUGACACACGAGCCAACAUUCCUCGGCAUCAGCAGAAACGCCCUUUACCGGGUGGAUCCUCGCCUGUCCGGCAGCAAGCUGGUUGACGCCCAACUCAAGCAGUACACGAGCAAAAACGAUUUCUCCGCAGUUGCGACGACCGAAAAGGGAUACGUCGCUGUGGCGUCGAACAAGGGUGACGUCCGGCUCUUCGACCGUCUGGGUAUCAAUGCCAAGACGCACAUUCCUGCUCUGGGUGAACCCAUCAUUGGCCUCGAUGUCUCGGCAGACGGCCGCUGGGUUCUUGCGACGUGCCGUACCUACCUCCUCCUCGUCGACGCGCUGCAGAAGUCGGGCAAGAACGAGGGCAAGCUAGGUUUCGAGAAGCCGUUCGCCGCCGACGACAAGCCGCAACCCCGCCGUCUAGCUCUCAACCCCGAGCACGUCGCGCAGUUCGCCCACGAGACCGGAAAGGGUGUGAGCUUCACGCCGGCCAAGUUCAACACCGGCGAGGGCGCCGAGGAAACCAGCAUCAUCACCGCGUCGGGCCCGUACAUCGUCGAGUGGAGCCUUAAGAAAGUCCUGACCGGUCGCAAGGCGCCGUACCUAAUCAAGCGGUAUACGGAUGAUGUCAAGGCGGACGACUUCAAGUUUGGCACUGACAAGAACGUCAUUGUCGCCCUACCGCAUGAAGUCAACAUGGUCAACCAUGCCCGUCUGAAGCGGCCCACGCGGGAGAGCAUUGCUGGGGAAUUUGGCGUUGCCGGGCGCCGAACUGAGGGGCGGAUCGGAACGCCGGCGAGCGGACGGUACAAGCUCGGCAAGGAAGACGUCGUCAGGGAGGCCUUUUAG